AUGUCCUCAAGAAAAUUCUCACCUGCCAACCCACCAUGGCGAAAAAAUGCCACGGACAGUGACGACGGCUAUGAAGCCGACGACGAGUCCAACAAGUCACAAGUCACCGCCGCUGCCUUUAAAGACACACCAGACAAGCUUCGAGGAGUAUUCCACUUCGAAAUCCACCGGGAGUACAGUAAAUUAUCCAGCUCACCCGACAAGGUAAGCCAAUGGAUAAACUCUUCCUAUUUCCUCUGGAGUAUGUGUGCUUCACUCGCAGACUCGGGUUCCGAUCCUGAAUGGACCAGGGCAUUCGAACUAUGGCGGCCAACAUGGGAUCAGAUUCAAGAGGAGCUACGGGUAUCUGAGGAUACCGGAGUCCCUGUCAAGAUUCCUCUCGCACCAGUUAAUCUUGCAUCCGUGCAACCGGGGAAUGUAAUUCAGAUGGGCAUUGAAGAUAAGGAUUGGGUUAUUGAGAUUGAGCAGGGGGGUGAUGAUAAUGAUGCUGUGUUAUAUGAUAAUCAGGAUAUUUGGGCACUCUGGCAACGUGUUGUUGCAGCGCCUGUGGGUUCAACUGAUGCUUUUUAUGUUACUCUUCAGGAUACUGCGAGGAUUUGUCCUCGGUCAUGA